GUUUGGAGUCGACAUGAGCUCGCUUUGGAGCUUUGACGUUGAUUCGUUCCUCUUUGAGCGGGCGCCGCGCGGCCCGAUGAAGGCGUGACGUGACGAGGAAGCGUCGCGAGAGCCGGCGUCCGACCUCUCGCCUUUCCUUCGGGCCGCUGGCCGGGAGACGACAUGGAGCUCAGCCGUCGCCGGGAUGAGAGCGAAGCCGCCGCCGCGUCCGCGGCGUCGUGGCAACCGUCCGCGGACGGCGAGCGUCUCGUCGGCCGGAUUUUGCUGGACAAGGGCGCCAGGGACGGAUCCGCGCACGCAGACCCCGGCGCGCUGCUCGGACUCAAGGUGACCGGCGGUAAACUGACGGAUCGCGGCCGUCUGUGCGCGUUCAUCACUCAAGUUAAACCGGGAAGUCUGGCGGACGUCGUGGGGCACCUGCGAGCAGGCGAUCAGGUUGUGGAAUGGAACGGACGCGUCCUACAGGGAGCCACCUUCGACGACGUCUACGACGUCAUCUCCGAGUCCAAAUCGGAGCCACGGGUGGAGCUGUUGGUGACGCGACCACUCAGAGCUGCGGACUCUCGCCAUCGCCGGCUGGUCUCCAGUGCGUUGAGCGGCCCGCGAGAGGUUGCGCCGCCGCGCAAAGACCGCCUUUCUUCCGUCCUUCCCUUCAAGGUGAAGCUGUGCUACGAUCAACUCGACGAUCAGCUCACGGUCACCGUCCUCGGGGCCAAAGAACUUCCCGCUCGAGCGGACGGCCGGCCCCGGAGCCUUUAUGUGGAAAUCAACUUGCUUCCUGACAGAAGCGCGACGAGUAAGCGGAGGACAAAGACCGUGAAGAAGUCGGCGGAACCUCGGUGGAACCAGACCUUCGUGUACUCGCCGCUCCACCGACGGGGCUCCCGGCAGCACGCGCUGGAGUUGACGGUCCGGGACGGGGCCGGCGUCGCCGAGGACGAGAGCGGCUUCCUCGGAGAGGUUGUGAUCGGACUGGAGAAGAGCGCCCUGACGGAUGACCGGCCGCACUGGUUCAAGCUUCGCGGGAGCGAUUUUGCCUCUGCGCCGCGAGUCGCCGCUCGUCGCUCCCCCCGGCGCGCGGCCGGCGCCGGGGGGCUCCAUCCUUUCCAUAGGUUCAGCGACGGAGACCUUUCCGAUUAUGACGGCGAGGACGGCGUCGGGGUGAUAUCAGGUGAACUUGGAAUCCCGUCGCGCGGGGACGGCGAGGCGUUUGGUGGCGACGCUUCCUCUUUCUCGCCAGACUCCCGGCAGAACGGCCGACGCCCGCGCGGCUCUUCGUCUCGUCCCGGUUGGCGAAGCGACCCGGCGCCGGCGAGGUGCUCGUCGUCCCCGAUCCGCAGCGUCACCCCGCUUUAUCCGCUUUACCGCGACGACGCCGUGCGGCUGCUACGAGGCUCCAAGGUCACCCGAGCUCAUUCCGAUGUCGGACUCCACGGCAGCCUGGACGAUCGCGCGAGAGGUGCUUGUCGCGCGGGCUUAAGUGGCCGACGCGUAUUAACCAAGUCCGUGUGUCCAGGAGGUCACCGAGGAGGAGGUCUGGGGCAUUUUCUCUUGAUUCCAGCGACUGGUACGGAAAAAAAAAAACAAGCCAAAAUACCCCACCAAAACUUGAAGGUGAAUGUCAACAAGGAGUUGUGCCUCCGUCCCGUGCGUAGUUACUCUGCAAGGUUUUGCGACGCUUCCUGGCCAACCCAUAAGGCGAACGGGAGCGUUGAGGACUUCAGCCAAAACUUCACUCCGGACUUCCCUUGGGAAGGAGAACCCUUCGACGAGGACCUGCUCAGAGGGGGGCGGCGUGACGGCCGGCUCCCCGCGAGUCCCGUCGGAAGCCCCGAGUGCGGCCGCCGAGGACGCCGGCUGCCCGCCGUCCCGCCCAAAGGCGCACCGGACACACUUUGGGCCACGGCGAGCAAAGGGGCGGCAAGUGGAAUUGGCGCUCCCCCCACUCCUCUCUCGCCUCCCCCCUCGCACAGACAGGCUCCUCCCACUGGCAACCAACAAUGCCCUCCGCUCAUUAGAAUCCAAGCUCCACCUCCCACGGUAGCGCCGCACUUGCACCCCCCGACUUGGACCAUUGAGGCGGGCCACCGCCAAGCCGCGCGCUCCCCUCCUCCCCCGCCAAAGCCGGCUCCUCCGCCCAACGCCCCCCAAUCUCCUCAAGCUCCUCCCCCACCGUCGCCAACUGUUCAUGCAGCCCCUCCCCCCAGCACCCCUGAACCUCCUCAAGCUCCUCCCCCACCCUCGUCAACUGUUCAUCCAGCCCCUCCCCCCAACGCCCCCGAAUCUCCUCAAGCUCCUCCCCCGCCCUCGUCAACUAUUCAUGCGGCCCCUCCCGCGACAACCCCUCAUCAAGAGCCUCCCCCGGCCCCCUCCGCUCGUCCUGGAGCCCCAGCUCCCUUAGCGGCGAGCGGCUCUCCGGCUCCGCCCCCUCAGACUCCAGAGGCGGAGAGACGUUCCGCCACGCCCGGAGGGAGCAGGAAAGAGGUCACGUGGGAGGACCAGCGGAGCGAGGCGGCAAACGGUGCGCUGAAGCAUCCGGAAAAGAUGCGGGACGGCCUGUCGUCGAAGUCGUCCCUCAGCAACUUGAGCGACUCGUCCGCCGGCUCUGUCGUCCUCGACGACCCUCCGGGGGUCAGUCAGGCGGACGCUCCGCGGGAUCCGUCGGAGGACUCCGGGACGGGACGGGCGGAAAAGGCCGCCCUUCGGACCGACGGAUCGAUGGAGGAAGGAGAGGAGGAAGAGCCCGAGUCGGCCAAGUCGAUCGCCGCGCCGGCCGCCAAGUCCGCCGGCGUGGGCGGCGACAUUUGUUCUUUGAGCCGCAACGACGACGACGACGACGACAAGAAGCGGCGAUCCAGUUUGGGCGCUCGGGUGAUGGGAAUGGUCGGACUGGGAAAGAAGAGCCAAAGCGCCGCGCAACUCAACCCGGAAGAGGAAGAGAAGAAGAAGAAGGCGGUGAGACUUCCCGUCCAGAGGAGCGUGGAAACCGGACUGGCCGUGGAGUUCAAGUCUCGCUUCACCCGACAGCCCAGCCGCGAUCCCGACGCCGAGGACCCCAAGCCCGGCGCGUUGAUCUUCCCGGGAGUCAAGCUGGCCGCGGACCGACACUUCACCGGUUUCCUCGACGGCUUAGGUCCCGCCCAGCUGGCCGGGAGGCAGACCUUGGCCACGCCUCCCAUGGGAGACAUCCAGAUCGGAAUGGUCUACAGGAAGGAGCGCCUCGACGUGGAGGUGAUCCGGGCCAGGGGGCUGGUGGGGAAACAAGGAAACAAGAACACGCCGGCCGCAUAUGUGAAGGUCUACCUGAUGGAUAACGGCAAAUGUUUGUUGAAGCGAAGAACCCGCCUGGCCAGGAAAACGCUGGAUCCUCUCUACCAACAACAGCUGCAGUUUGAAGAGAAUCCGGAAGGGAAAGUUCUGCAGAUCGUGGUGUGGGGCGAUUACGGCAAGAUGGACCACAAAUCCUUCAUGGGCGCCGCUCAGGUUCUACUGGAUGACUUGGACCUGUCCGGCAUGGUGAUUGGCUGGUUUAAACUGUUUCCGGCCACCUCCCUGGUGGACCCCGCUCUGGCCCCGCUGACCAAUAAAGAGACGGAGGGCGGGAGCGCGCCGUAGGGCAAAGCAACCGGGCGGGGGGGCCGAUGCCGAUCGCCCGCGGUCGUUGCCCGUUCCGGGGGACUGGGAAGGAUCCGUCGGUGAUCUUCCCGGACAGUCGCGGCCGCUCGCUCCCUCACGUGACCUCACGCCCGCGUCGACGGCCCGGGACCACCGCGGCUGAGGAUGAGCCAGCUCGCUAAAGGGCAGCAAACAAGUCACAAAAACGGGCGGAGCAAGGACAGAAGUGUUGUCGCAUCAAGUUGAUCUCAGGAAAUAAAGAUGGGCAAUGUUCUCAAGUCUGGAGGCUCUUUGAUUUUCUGGAAGCGACGAACGCCACUUGAUUCAUUCGAGAUGGUUUCAUUGGAUAAUUGAUCCGCCUUUGGGGUCCAUCCAGCCUCUUUAGCGGCCGCCGAUGGUCUUCCUCACUCUGUCCCUCAUCUUCUGCUCCAACUGGGGCCAGCGGCAAGUCUGUCGGCAAAUCCGGCAUCCUUCGACCAUCCCCCCCCUUCCUCCCACCCUAGGCCUCCCUCUUAGAACGUUUUUGUCUUGAACGGAGUUCCAACCUUUUGGUCUUCACGCACCUUCCUGAACAAUAAAUGCGAACAAAGGAGGGAUUUCAAAGUUUAAUAAUGCCGUUGGGAAAAUCGAAGGGAAAAAAAACAAACAUCAACCGAUCGUGCGGGCCAAAGAACAUCACAAUUUGAAUAACGCUAACAAUAAAUAAGAGCGGGUACCAAAAUCGGGAACGCAAAAAAAAAAAAA